GAUAUCCGUUUCCAGUUCCCGAGGGCAUGGGCUUCUUCUCAGUAUAGGACUUUGUUUGAGAGGCUAGUUGGCAGGGCCUGGUUUCUGGGAGAUCGCUUUAUGCGCCAGACGAUGGGCGUCCCUGAGCAGAGUGUCCCUCUAGCACCUCCAGAUGACAUGUGGUCCGCUGAGAGACUCACUCCCGAGGAGGUCGAUGUCGCUAUGUUGGGUACCAAUGCAGCUCUGCACAUGGAGGAGGGAUAGUGUGCGACUUACCGCCACACGUACUUGAUGCCCCCACUGAUGGGUGUCCGUACUCCUACUAGGAGGGUUGCUGGUGCAUCAUCGUCAACUCGAGCCCGGGCUGCAGAUGUUCUUUCGUCUAGUAGGGCCGGCACAACGAGGAGUGGGCUAGACAGAUUCCCUCGAUUCCCCUGACUUAUCAGCAUGUCGGGUGCCCAGAUCUUCCGACCGAGUUGACUGGAUAGCGAUAAGGGUCAUCUUACCCGAUUCCAAUAGAGCCUCCUAUGCCCGAUCACCGAUAUGUCAGUGAUCCUGACUCACCACCGCCUUCCAGGGAGUAUUCUGAUGAUCUGCUCGGAUUGGUGGCCUCACUUGAGGGCAUGGUCUUGUGGAGGGAGACACAGUUGUUCAUCGUCGGUGUUAUGAUGCCACCACUACAGGCUGGGCCAUCCAGGCCUUCUCGAGGAGCUGGGAGAGGGGACUCGUCUCGUAGACGAGGUAGGCACAGAGCACCUGUCAUAGAUGAUGAGGAGUCUAGCGAGGAGGAGGAGUCGGCGCAUCCUCAGUCGGAGACAUCUACAGGCAGGGAGGAGGACUCUGGAUCCGAUUCUGAGAGUGGAGAUGAUGCCGAAGAGGGUUUCGAGGACGACAGCUCCGAUUCGGAUGAUGGUGCUGAUGCAGAGGUCGUUUAGCCGAAGAGGACAAAGAGGGCCUCUUAUUCUUGCGCUUUAUAGCACUGAUGCAGAUGUUCCUGCUUUAUUUUCUUUUUUUUUUACUAGCAGUUUUAGCACA